ACUCAUCAAAAACACUUGUUCCAAAGUACUAAAAAAAAAAAAAAAAAAUGAAGUCCAAAGCUGUUGUGUUUGUGUGUCUGUUGUUCUUAAUCUUAGCUGUCCUUGCUAUUGCCGAAGGAAAUCAAGAGCAGCCUCAGAACGCUAAAGGUUCAAACGAAAAUCGAGUAGAAGAGUCAAAGCUACGUUGCUAUCAUGGAUGCUGCCACUAUUAUGGGUAUAACUGCGUGAAAUGUUGCCGAAAUCUUGCAGAAGCGCAGGCGGCGGCCGCUGCUGCUGCUGCUAAUAAUAAUAAUAAUAAUAAUGCUGCGGCCGAAGAGCGUGACAUGGAAGCAGUCCCCCAUGGAGGGAGAGGCCACGGCGGACACAGAGGUGGAUGGGGAGGUGGAAGGGGCGGAGGCGGAGGUGGAGGUAGGAAGUGAGUGGAGAAAAAAAAGUGUAAUUUAUGUGUUGAGUAAUGUUAGAAAGAGUGAGUGUAGUAAGGAAGGAAGAUAAUAAAUAAUAAAUGAAUGAAUGAAGGAGCAUAGUUGAGUAGAAUAGAAGGGUUAGAUCCCUUCACAGAUAGUGAGCAGCACUACUACUUUUUCGCCAACAACUCUUGUAUGUAAAAUAUACAAAUAUGUAUAUAUGCGACUUUGUUUUACGUUAUGCCCCAUUUUCUCUCUCUUCCCCAACUUUGGUCAAUUAACCUUAAAACAGCCAUAAACAUGAAA